UGCUAUCGAGAGAUGACGGAGCAGCCACCUUGGUUUGUGGAAGCCGCUUCGUCUGAAGAGCCGGGCUCUCAGACAUAAAUACACAGCUGCCAGCGAGUGUUCUGUACAACUCUACAGAAGUGUGUAAAGGCCUUGCCCUUGCCAGAAAAGGGAAAUCUACAGCAUUCCCAAAAUGCUUUCAACCCAGUACCAGUUGUUUCCCAAAGCUACCCAAGUAAUAAUGGAAGAGGAGGAAGGCCUUGGAGAAGAUUCUGAACUGAGCAUUGACUAUUCAGCAACUGACUCAGGGCCACGUAUUUUUAAAAUGUUGGAGAAAUGGGUUCCAAAAGCAUCUCACUAUUUUGACAAAGAACAUUAUUUUUAUGCUGGGCACCAGAUCACUAUUCAAGAAUCCAUAGAAAACUUUGGAGCCAUAGUGUGGCCUGGGGCUCUUGCUCUGUGCCAGUACCUGGAAUCAGAUCAACAAGAAAUCAUCCUCAAAGAUAAAAAACUGAUAGAACUUGGAGCUGGGACAGGCCUGGUGUCCAUAGUGGCAAGUAUAUUAGGUGCAUUUGUCACAGCUACUGAUUUGCCUGAGGUCCUUGAAAAUCUGGAAUUCAACAUUACAAAAAACACACGGGGUAUGAAUAUUCACAAGCCUGAAGUAAGAGAGCUGACGUGGGGGGAAAACCUCAGUGAAGACUUCCCCAAGCGAACCCACCAUUAUGAUUUCAUUGUGGCUACUGAUGUUGUGUAUCACCACACUGCUCUGGAUCAACUGUUAGACACAAUAAGCUACUUGUGUCAGCCAGGGACAAGCUUGCUAUGGGCAAACAAAUUCAGAUUCAGCACAGAUUAUGAUUUUUUGGACAAACUCGGCAACAUAUUCAAUAUCACACAACUAGCAGAAUUUCCAGAGUCAAAUGUCAAAUUGUUCAAAGGUACAAUGCGAGAAAAUUAAAAAUGGGAAGGUAUACCAGAACCUUAAUUCAGUGUUCUGCAAUUUAAAAUUUACAGUAACUUCUUUGCUUUACUAUGGCCUAAUCCACAAGGGGGGAUAGGGAGUGAGGCGCUGAAGCUCUAUUUCCUGACCUGAAGGAACGAGGAGGCAAUUGGCCAUUUGCAACCAUUUACAUAAACAUAGAAUACUUAA